AUGGCGCCCCCAACUCCCCUCGCCAUCGCAACGCAAGCAGUCAACCGCCUGGUCAAGGAAGAGUCCUACUACCACAAAGAGCAGGCCAACCAAGAGAAGCGCAUCAAGAAGCUGGAGGAGGACAUCGAGAACAACAGCCCGGACCUGGACAGCAACGCCGAGUACAUCCUGAAGCAGGAGAAAACCGCCCUGGACGAGACCAAGGCCGUGUUCGGGCCACUGAGGAAGCGCAUCGCGGACGCGGUGGAGAAGCUCGAGGAGCAGAUUGCCAUCUCGGAGAGCGACGGAACAGGGUCCGAAGAGGAGCUGAAGAAGGCGAAGGAGGCGCUCGCGUCCGGGCAGAAACUCGCCGCGGAGGAGCAGGAGGAGAUAUAA